AUGGGAUUGGAUGCUCCUUUCUACUACGUGAUGCCGGAAGCUCUUGGAAAUCAACAAAUCUUCAACGAGUCAUAUCAAGAUAUAGAACCCAGCAUCAUUCGAGCAAAUUGGUCGUCGAAACUCCCCACCGGCGACCCCGAGAGUGUCCACGAGCUCAAACGGAUCCCUUGCUUCUGGACGGUGACUCAAGGCCAGCACGAUAAUAUAGAGGCUGAGCUGCAGCCAUAUCGGCCUGCACUUUCCGAGUUUGUGCUUCCUUCGGCAUUGGCUUUGAGUCGCUACCUGGGAGGUUAUAUGGAAGACUUCCAGGACCAUCAAGCCAUCAUCCACACUGCGACUUACCGUCUCCAGGAGGCAUCUGGACAUCCCGAGCUGAUGCUGGCUGUCUGUGCGUGUAGAGCUCUCACCAGAUACGAGAGGAGGUCAGCGAUUCGCCUCUUCCGUGCCAGCAAAGUAGUGAUCGACAUACGAAAUAGCCGAAAUGGCAUGACAGCGUUCAAUAGAAGACAACAGGAUACCCAAGUCCAGACUGAUGAUGCAUCUGUUGCCGAGUGUGAUUUACGGAUCGCACAAGCAGCGAUGCUUCUAUCUACGUUCGCAAUCAUGGAGGGUAAACACGAAUUGAUCAACGAUGCGACCUCGUUGAACUACAUACUUAUCGACUUCGUACGGAAAUACGGUACGGCAACGUCUUCUGAUUCUCAUGAACACUCAGCUUCAUGGCGGGACUGGGCACUUGAAGAGAGUAGACGGCGAACACAAUGUGCGAUUUUCAACAUCUUGAACAUGCACACCAUGGCCCUCGAUUCGGCUCCUGGUCUGUUGAGUAGUCUACUUGACUGCUUUCUACCGUGUUCAACACCAGAAUGGACCGCCAGCACCGAGCACGAUUGGUUGAAUGCCCGAAAAUUUGCACCAGAAGUGGUAUCUUUCCAACAAGCCUAUGCAGCCCUGUUUGACACUUCCGAGCCGCACUCGUGCACACACUCUCCCUUGGGCAACCUCACCCUGAUCAGCGCCAUUCUCCAGCGCAUUUACCAUGCCCGACAACUCCAAGUCAGCUCUAUUGAGACGCUGAGAGACAGUGACCUGGAGGAGAUCGAGAUAGCUCUGGAUCGAUGGACUCAUGCAUGGAAGCAAGCGCCUGAAUCGAUCUUGGACCCGCGAAAUCCAGAUGCUUCCAAUUCAUUCACCUCGACCUCAUAUCUAGGCCUGGCUUACGUCCGACUGCAUGCUACGUAUGGCGCACGAAGAAGACUCUGCGAUUGGCAGCCAAGAACCGCAGGCGCGAGCCUGUACCAAGCGCCUCUGCCUCAACGAGCCCCGAGGAUGGAACCUGCUCUCCUGCAUGCUGCUCAAGCUCUUGCAACGCCGGUCAAGUUCGGCAUCGAAUACAUGGGACGCAAGCAGUUCCACUAUUGGGAUCUGCAGAACUUUAUAUGGCACCUUGAGGCCGCCGUCUUUCUUAGCAAAUGGUUUCUGGGAUUUGCGGAGACGUGUCAAUAUAAUCCGCCGUCUGACUUCGAGCUCAGACUUAUAUCAUCUGUCACCAACCUCGUCGACAAAGGGGAAGAAUCGAUCGACCCGGGUCUAUUACCUGAUGUGGAGAUGACCAUCGGCCAGACGACUGCGAAUAUAGCCUUUUCUCUGAGCCGUCGUAGUGCAAAGUUAUGGACAUGUCUGUAUCAUAAGCAGAACAGUCCUUGGGGCCUUGUUGAUAUGAUCGGCCAGAGUUUGGCGGAGUAUGAAAAGUUGAUGGCUGGUUCUUGA